AUUAGUGAAGAUGUUCAAAUAGACAAAAGUAAAUGAAGGCUUCAAACUUCCAAGAAUUGAGAAGACCAAUGCUUACGUUCUUUAGUCUAAUAGAGAUUCAAUAGAUUUUCUCUUAGGGAAAAAUAGGAAUAAUUAUGGUCCUUUAUUGAUGCCAGAGAAGAAGUUGAUAACAGAAUUGCCAACAAAUAGAUUGGCUCGACGUGGGAGUUAAGUUUUAGAUGGUUCUUCAUAGGUGUUUAUGCCUGUACAAUAAACUUAGAGAAAGAUCAGUCAAUUGGAAUGCAAAUAUGAUAUUGAGAAUUUUUUUACUCUGGAACCAAAACUAGAGAUUAAGAAACAAAUAGUUGUUACUAAAAUAAAUCGUGUACCCAAGAAUUACCGCUUAUAAAAUUUUACUGAUUGGGUAGAAAAGUUAUAUGGUUCAGAUUGGUUCAAUGAUAAAAUAUGA